AUGAUCGCAGGGCAGAAGCAGAGCGGGAAGAAGACCAUGAAUAUGGCGGCAGUUUCACCUACUCACCCAGGCUUCGGGAGAUCAGGGAAGAGCUUCCUCAUCGACAAUCUGCUGCGCUCGGCGGGGCCAUCCUCUUCCUCAUCCUCGCCCAACUCAGAUGGACCAACAGGUGGGUUCUUCAGGGGUCCACUGACCGGCCACCACAGGAGAACCUGGGGCCCUCAGCAUGUUGUCUACGAGGGCCAGAGUCAGAACUGUAAACGAGUCAAAGACAGGGUGCUCCCUCCUCGGUCACACUCAGGCCUGUUGAGCAGUGUGUUUCUACGAGGCCCUCAGUAUCUACUGGCAGCAGUGUGCUGUGGUGGGUCCAGCCCUCCGUCUGUCUUCUCCGAGGGAGCCAACAUUCCCAUGUGGUCCCCAGAUACGAGCCCCAAAUCCCGGCGAGGGAUCCUGAGGAGGGCGGUGUUCUCUGAGGAACAGAGGAAGGAGCUGGAGAAAACGUUCAAGAGACAGAAGUACAUCAGCAAGACAGACAGGAACAAACUGGCAGCAGAUCUCAGCCUGAAGGAGUCUCAGGUGAAGAUCUGGUUCCAGAACCGGAGGAUGAAGUGGAGGAACUGUAAGGAGAAGGAGGCCCACAGCGGCCGCUCCCCCAUGGAAGAGCUCAUGUCCCGGGGCUGCAAACAGGAAGAGGAGGCACCAGAGAGCACGGGCACGGCAUUAGACAGAUCAUCAUCACAGCAGUGGGACAGGGAAACAGGAGUUACCAUAGAGAAAGAGCCAUGCAAGAAACGUGUGACUUUGAUACAGCCAAUGAGUCUGCACAGACACACUAUGACCUCUGACCCCUGA